AUGGCAAAAAUAUCCAGCCCUACAGAGACUGAACGGUGCAUCGAGUCUCUAACUGCUGUUUUCCAAAAGCAUGCUGGAAGGGACGGUAACAACAGCAAACUCUUCAAGGCCAAGUUCCUUAUCUUCAUGAAUACAGAGCUGGGUGCCUUCACAAAGAACCAGAAGGACCCUGGUGUCCUUGACCGCCUGAUGAAGAAACUGGACCUCGACUAUGAUGGGCAGCUAGAUUUCCAAGAAUUUCUUAAUCUUAUUGGCGGCCUGGCCAUAGCUUGCCAUGACUCCUUUAUUAAGUCUACCUCUUCCCAGAAGUAAAUCGGAGGAGUCUUUGGGCCUGGCCUCCAGCCCCACUCCCUUUCCUUCAGCCUCCCAAUUAUCAUCUACCUCUCACAGCCCACACAUACCCUGAGCCCGGCGCACCCGC